AUGCCCUCCAUGGCGCCCGCCCUGCCAGAACCACAUGUGCUGAACCAGAUUAUCAUCUCACCCUCCGACACCGAUUACCUGGAUCAGUUGAUACCUUCAAUCCGCGAGUACAGUGUGGGGAAUCGAACCCCGCAGUUACUCCAAUCCCUAUCCAAAUUUGCAAGUGAUAAAGAAGCAGAGAUUGAGAGGAUCUGCAACACAAAUCAUCAGGAGUUUGUCUCAUCGGUCAACUCGUUACUUCGAAUUCGGGAAGGCACGGUCUCCUUAACAGCAGAGAUCCUUGACCUUAAUCAAUCAAUCCAGACAAGCACGGAGCGACUGGCCGAACAGAAAAAAGCUUUGGUAGAAUCACGGGGUCAUCGUCAGAAUAUCGAUGAAACUUCGAGGGCGAUUCAAGAUUGCCUGGAGGUGCUUCGACUUGCGAACCAAGUCCAUGACCUAUUGGCAAAGAAGAACCAUUAUGCAGCCUUGCGCGCCCUGGAAGAGCUUCAGAAUGUUCAUCUCAAAGGUGUGACUCAAUACAAGAUUGCUGUCAUGAUUCAACGCUCGGUGCCGGCCACCCAGCGUGCGAUCGCCGAGGCGGUCAUGUCGGAUUUGAACACCUGGCUGUAUCGUAUCCGCGAGAUGUCACAAUACCUGGGAGAGAUCGCGCUCUUUCACACCGAUCAGCGUAAAUCAAGACUCAAACAGAGAGCGGAGAAGGUUCCGUACCUUGAGCACUUCAAUUUGAACUCUGCCAUCGAACUGGUAGCCGACGAGGACGAGGAAUAUGACCUACUUGAGAAUGAAGAUUUGCAGGUGGAGUUCACUCCAUUAUUUGAGUGUUUGCAUAUCCACCAAUCCUUGGGCCAAAUAGACAAGUUUCGAAUCGAAUAUGCCAACACUCGUCGCCGCCAAAAGGAUCUUUUAACGCCACCUUCCAUCACUCUCAUAGACGAGGAUGGGGCUAGUCUUCACAAUCUUCUUGAAGAAAUGGCCGGCUUUGCAAUUGUUGAACGAGCCACGAUAAAAAGAGUGCCUGAUUUGAGAUCGUCUGUUGAUAUCGAUGAGCUCUGGGACUCAAUGUGCCAGGCGGCUGUAGGCGUGAUAUCCAAGGCCCUUCCUGAAGUGGACAACGCCGAAAACAUUCUCAAAAUCAAGAACUUGAUUGCUUUGUUCAUGCAGACCAUGAAUACUUGGAAUUUUCCUGUCCGCGUCUUUGAUGACUUCCUCUUGAAGCUUUUCGAGAAAUAUGCGGAGCUCUUGAAGAGGAGAUUUAGCGAUGAUUUCCAAGAAAUUGUAUCAACGGAUGACUACAUGCCGAUGCCUAUCCAAACUCUAGAAGAAUACGACAAGGUGCUCAAUGUGAGCUGGUAUAGUCCAGAAAAGCCUCGUGAGGAGCAGGUAUUUCCCUGUAUUCUCCCAUUCUCGAGGAUGUAUCCACUGUGCUGCAUCGACAUACGAAACUUCUUGAACCAAUUUUACUUCUUCGCAAAUGAUGAUUUUUCACACCCGAAUGUCAUUGAUGAGACGUUAAAGGAUGCGCUGGACGACCUCCUUUCGCGCAAGGUGUGCGAUACCCUAGUUGAACGUCUUUCCUCACAGUACCUAGGACAGAUUGUUCAAAUUCUUAUCAACUUGGAGCACUUCGAGUCAGCCUGUCAUGAGCUCGAGUUGCUUCUCGCAGCCGCAAGAUCUCAGAACUCGACGGGUACAUCCAUUACUCUACGAGCAACGGAAAAGUUCCGGAGUAAUAAAAAAUCAGCGGAGAAGCGCAUUUUUGAAGUUGUCAACUCCAAAAUUGACGAUCUUAUCGAAACAGCAGAAUAUGAAUGGAUGUCUCCGACUGCCCCAAGUGAACCUAGUAACUACAUGCAGACACUGACUCGGUUCCUCUCUAACAUCAUGAAUUCCACCCUACUUGGGCUCCCAACCGAGAUUAAAGAACUCAUUUACUUUGACGCUCUCAGUCAUGCAGCAAACAUGAUUCUGGUAUGUGUCUUAGGGCGUUUCCUCCCUCCAAUCCGUUCCAUCGAUCGAGCUGACGAGUUACAAAAGGCGCAACCGCUGGCACCGGAGGUCAGGACCAUCAACCCCAAUGGUGUAAUGGCGCUGGCAAAGGAUGUAGAGUACUUGGCUCAGUUUGUGGACAGUCUCAAUGUUCCCAUUCUGCGUGAGAACCUCGACGAACUCCAGCAGACCGUGCAGUUGAUGCAAGCAGAUAAUGCGGAUGAAUUUUAUGAUAUCUCAACCCGAAAUAAGAAGUAUGGACGAGUCGAUGCUAUGCAGGGGCCUGUUUUGCUAGAGAAGCUCACGAGGACGGUCCAGGCCCCUAGCAAGGUGGACAAAUUCGCGACGCUUUCUUCUCGUUUCAAAAAGAAUUAG